AUGGUCGUGUCCGAAUCAGAAUCCGAGUUUCUGUCUGAGUCUGAACCUGAACCUAUGAGUGAGCACCAGGCGGCUAUUGACGGAACUCAAGAUAAUUUGCCUAUAAGUCAAGCUCAUGAAGGGGAAGUUGACUGCAAACCUGAGAGUAUAGAGAAGCAAGAAGAUAUCAACCAAAAAGCGGUUAGUACAGACAUUGCAGAGCCCAAGGAUCUGACGGAAAAUCAAACAGAUAUCAGCAGUCCUACGAGGGAAGAUAAUCAAGAGGAUUCAAAUAAUCCGAAGAGCGAGGAAAGGCUCUUGCUUUCAAUAGACGAUGAUCCAGACAUCACAGAGGCCAAGGAUAUUCAGAACACUAAAACAAACAUAGAUAGUUCAAAAAGUGAUGAUAAUCGAGAGGAACCGCAGGAAAAUCAAACAGAAAUAAGUAGUCCAACAAGCGAGGAAGGGCUUUCGCUAUUCAUAGAUCUGCAGGAAAAUAAAAUAGAUAAAGAAGAUAAUCCCGAGGAGCCACUAGAAAUUCAAACAGAAAUAAUUAGUCCAGCGAAAGAAGAUACCACAAGACCCCUUGUUCUAGAAGAAAGGCACUCGUUGUCCAUAGCCGAGACAAAAAAGCGGAGAGCAAGUGUGUAUUCCAACGAGCUGCUCUUCAUACCCAAAGAACUGGCGCGCAGUGAACUUCAGCAGCGCACAAGGAGCCUGAGUAGAUACGCCAAGAACCGGGAAUAUCACCUGCGAAUGUUGAAAUUUCCCGUGGGUUCCGGUCGACCUCGCUACGUGGCCAAACAAAUGAAAAAGGUUCGGGAGGACUACCAACCGACAUUGAAUCAACCCCAUAAUGAAUCCGAAACCAACGACUGCCAGGCGGACAUCAAAGUGGAAGAGUUCAUGGAUGAUCCAUCCGAGGAAUGCCAAAAUCCCAAGGAGCUGCCCCUAAAUAUGCCCGAUUUGGGGGCAGAAAGUGAAGAGGUGAAGAAUCAACUGCCCGACGACGAGGAAAUCAGCAUUAUAUUGUUCGAUUUGGUGAAGAAGGAAGUCGACCCGAACGAUCCGUUGGAGGAGGAGAACCGAAGAAUUCUGCAGAGCCAGCGGGAAAGUGUGAUAAAAACGAGCAAGCGUCGACACUAUCCCUACUUGUGCUGGCACAGUCCCGAUCAAGAGGUUCUGGACUUUAAGAUGGAGCUUACGAAGCCAGAAAUUCAAGUGGGCUUUUGUGAGGCGAAUAAUGAGGAAGUGGAGGAGCUGGCACUUCCUGAUCCUGAGAUUGAACAGCCCCCAGAAGUGGAGAACCAUCAAGAGGAGCCAUCAGUCAUAAUUAAUUAUCCUGAACCCCAGAACCAGUUAACCAAUGAAACUCCAACAGAAGAGCCAGUUGAAGAAGAUGUGCCUGCCCAUAACUUUACCCCCGAAGAUCCCAGUCAAUCAACUAGUUCCGUACUGCGUCAGCAGCUAAUGCAUCACAUUGUGCAGCCCAAUUUGUGCAGCCAGGAAUUGUGUCAAUCCAUUCAGUCCAAUAACAACGCCGUGGAUCGGGUAAAUCAAAAUCUCCGGCAACAACAGUUUAUUGAGCCUUCUCAAGAGCAGAGUCUUCAGUGGAAUCCACAAACGAAUCAAACAUUCCACAAGCAACAGUUGCACCUGCAGCAGCAAUAUAUGCAGCAGCAACUGCAUCAUCCAUCGUCGUCGAGCCAACAGCAACAGGAGGUUAUUUACCAGCAACAUCGGCACGAGGCGGAGGACAAGCUGCAGCAGAUGAGGGUCAUGUACCAGAGGAUCAAGUGCCGGGAGGAGGACCAACUGCAUCAGCUGGGCAGAUCCCUGAAGAAGCUCCUGGACGAACGACACACCUGCGAGCGUCAGCAUGCCGAGGAGAAGCGCCUGUUUCUGGCCAAAAUGGAGCAGCUGAAGAAGCUGGAGGAGAAACUGAAGGCGGACAGAGAGCAACUGCAGCGCCAACUGAGAUCGGAUCUUAGGACUCUGGAGCUGAGGAUUGCCGACCAGCAGGCUUUGGCCUGGUCCUGGCAGCAGCAGCAGCAACAAUUGCUGGUGCAACAGCAAUCCCAACAGCAGCAGCAGCAACAGCAGCACUUUAUGCAUCAUCAUCCGCACAGCCAGGAGCCGCAUCAUCAUCCCAAUCAGGAGCCAUAUAUGCAGCCUUCGUUCCUCUACGAUCCACCAGCCUAUGUUUACCCAACUAUGCCAGCCUAUCAUCAGGAAUCGAUGGUCUUUCAACAGCGAAUUCAAGCCUAUCACGAUCAGCAGGAUCAGAAUUACAAUGCAACCGAGUUGCAGAGAAGACUGCACCUGCCACCGCCUUCUGCAUAUUGCCAAUCCAAUAGGACCUCCACUGAAGUCAGUCCAAAUUCCAGAAAAGUCAGACAUCGUCGGGUAAACGCCGAUCCCUAUCCCUUGGCCCAAUUGAGAGCGAUGACUCUGCCACCGGCUGCCGAGAUCAUGCAGCUCCAGAGGAACCCGCAGAUGAGUCAACAUCCCCAUCCACCUGCUGCCCAGUCGCAGUCGCAAGCCCAUCAGCCCAGAAACGAACACUUUGGAAUAACCUCUGUCAUGACGAAUUAUGUCGCCAGCUUUAUGAAUAUGCGUGCUGAGAGAUAA